UCUUCCGGCUUCAGGCGGCGGGUCCGCCGAUACCGAGGAGGAAGCGCACCCGGGCCUGCGGGGAGCGCGGCCACGGUGGCACCUGGAUUCGAAGAGGAGGCAGCUCUGCCAUCUCAGGACUCUGCCCUUCCCCAAGAGAGGAACCAGGAGGAGGACCAGUCAGCCCCUGACAUUCUAAAAGUCAUGUCCCUUGAGUCAGACUUGUUCAGGGAUGUGGCCGUAGUCUUUUCCCAAGAAGAAUGGGAACGACUGGCACCUGCUCAGAGGGAUUUGUACAGAGACGUGAUGUUGGAGACGUACAGCAACCUGGUCUCACUGGGUCUCGCCAUCUCCAAACCUGAUGUGAUCUCCUUCCUGGAGCUAGGCAAGGAGCCCUGGAUGGUGGAGAAAGCAGCAGCAGGAGGCCUGUGCCCAGAAUUGGACUCCAGGUAUGAUACUAAGGUAUCCUCUCCAAAGCAGCAUAUUUAUGAGGUACAGUCACCACAGUGGGAGAUAAUGGAAAGCCUUGCAAGUUACGGUCUUGCGUGCUCAAGGUUCCAAGAUGAUUGGGAAUGCAGACAACAGGGAAAUUCAGAUGGACAUCUGAGUCCAGUGAUAGUCAAUGAUGAAGAAAUGUCUACUUUCAACCAACAAGCACCAUCAUUUCCCUUUUAUCAGAAAAUUCAUACUGGACAAAAGCCCUAUGGAUAUGAUGACUGUAGAAAAGAUUUCUGGCAGGAAGACUUCCUUAUUAAUCAUCAAGGAAUUCAUACUAAUGAGAAACCCUAUAAAUGUAAGGAAUGUGGCAAGGCCUUUAAAUAUGGCUCACGAUUAAUACAACAUGAGAAUAUUCACUCUGGCAAGAAACCCUAUGAAUGUAAUGAAUGUGGAAAGGCUUUCAAUUCUGGCUCAAAUUUUAUACAACAUCAGAGAGUUCAUACUGGUGAGAAACCUUAUGAAUGUAAGGAUUGUGCAAAGGCCUUCAGUCGAAGCUCACAGCUGAUUGAACAUCAACGAAUUCAUACUGGUGAGAAACCCUAUCAAUGUAAGGACUGUGGCAAGGCCUUCAAUAGGAUCUCACAUCUUAAAGUACAUUAUAGAAUCCAUACUGGUGAAAAACCCUAUGCAUGCAGGGAAUGUGGGAAGACCUUUAGUCAUCGGUCUCAGUUGAUUCAACAUCAGACUGUUCAUACAGGCAAGAAACUCUAUGAAUGUAAGGAAUGCGGGAAGGCCUUUAAUCAAGGCUCAACUCUUAUUCGUCAUCAGAGAAUCCACACUGGUGAGAAACCCUAUGAAUGCAAGGCAUGUGGGAAGGCCUUUAGGGUGAGCUCACAACUUAAGCAACAUCAGAGAAUUCACACUGGAGAGAAACCCUACCAAUGUAGGGUAUGCGGUAGGGCUUUCAAACGGGUCUCACAUCUCACGGUACAUUAUAGAAUUCAUACGGGUGAGAAGCCAUAUGAAUGUAAGAAAUGUGGGAAGGCCUUCAGUCAUUGCUCACAACUGAUACAACAUCAGGUAAUUCAUACUGAGGAAAAGCCCUGUGAAUAUAAGGAAUGUGGGAGGACUAUACACCAUGAUUCAGCGACGGCUCAACAUCAGAGAAUGCACAAUAGAGAAACACAAGUGAAUAUAAUAAAUGUAGAAAAGCCUUCCAUCAGCACUUACCCCUUACUAAUCAUCAGAGAAUUUAUGUUAGCAAGCAACCAUAUAAAUGGAAGCAGUGGGGAGAGCCCAUUAGCUUAGGCAUCACAGCUUAGCCCUUAUACUUUGAAGAAAGACUUGAAGAGUGUAAUACGGAUGAGAAUGCCUUCAUUCAAGCCAUCCUUUAUCCUGAAUCAUAAGAUUUGUAAUGAAGAACAAAUUUAUGGAUAUAAACUGUUUACUCCAUGAUUAUCAAAAAAGCAAGGGAAGGUUGGAAAAAGUUUUGCCUCUAACACAUUCUGGAAUCACAUUUUCUUUCUUUUCUGCCUUUUUUUUUUUUUUUUCAAGAGCGAGUGGGAGAGGGGCAGAGGGAUUAAGAGAGAGAGAAUGAGAGAAUCUUAAGCAGGCUCCAUGCCCAAUGCAGAGCCUCUUGCGGGGCUUGAUCUCACAGCUGUGAGAUCACGACCUGGGCUAAAAUCAAGAGUCAGACACUUAACUGACUGAGCCUCCAGGUACUCCCAGAACCACAUUUUCUAACCACACUGUAACAAAUUUAACAAUAGCCAUUUUUUUUUUUUUUAACAUCAGCCAAAAGUUUUCAUUUGCUUGGAAAUCAAAAAGAAAAAAAAAAAAAGCCAAAUUACUCUUGGGUUCCACUUCUUUUUUUUUUUUUUUUAAGGUAGGCUCCACAUAGAAUGUGGGGCUCAAGCUCAUGACCCUGAGAUCAAGUCACAUGCUCUACUGACUGAGCCAGCCAGGUGCCCCGUUACUCUUGGGUUAAUAAGGAAAUAAUGAUGCAAAUGAUUAUGAAUGGUAAUGAAAAGAAUGACGAUUGAGAGAUUUAUAUUCUAGGAGUUGGAGGAUGUGGCUAAAGUUAGAAGAAUUUUUAUAGCCUUUAAAUGCAUGCAAAGUGUGAAAACCUGAACGAUUAUUCUCAAAUAUAUUAAACAUACUAUUUGAGAAGCCAGAAAAGAGAAUACAAAACACCCACGUGAAGAAAGAACAAAUUAAUAGAAAAAAUAGAAAAAAAAAUGAAAUUAGAAAGUGGUUAUCUUAAAGUAGUUUCAGUUUUAUUUCUUCCUGGCCCAGGAAUAGACUACACUUAGGAUAAUAUUUCUCAAUUCCCAUGUUUUAGAUUAUCUUUCAUAACUUCUGUGGAACAGAGGGGUCAGUUGCCUACAUAGUGGCCAUACCCAGUUCCCUUUCCUGUUGGCAGCAUCUGUGUCUUGGUCUUAGACUCUGAAGCUAACAGAUGCAAACUUUUCAGCCUCUUUUGCAGCUCAGGGUGGCUCUUGUUCCAGGGUAAGGCCAGUAUGUUCCAGGGGUCUGUAGAGGCUUCUGGGAAAGAUUUUCCUUACUCAGAAGAGACCGGAACAUUAGGAAGACUCCCUCUCUUUUCAUCUGCUUUUAAACAUUUUCCUAUGAGGACAUAAUGCCUGGAGCUGUUGUAGCCAUGUUGGAACCAAGAGGAGAGAACAGAGGAGCUCAGAGAAGCUGGCCCAGAGCCCUGAUGACACUGAACUAUCAGGCCAAUUCUGGAAUGUCUCUGAAGCCUUGUGUAAAAGAAACAACCAUUCACUGUUGAACUUACUUUUAGUUGGGUAUUUUGUAAACUUGCGGCCAAAAGCGUCCUAAAUUACAUAACUUCAAAUUUUAUUUUAUUAUGAUGGGUAAACGUGGCUGAAAGUACUUUUUUUGAAUUUGACAUUUCUCUUUGUGGCUAAUUCCAGGAUUGAUUUUUGUAUAUAUUCUGUAACGUUGCAAAAGAAUAUAUAUAUUCUACUUUUCUUAGGUACAAGAUUCUGUGUAAGCCAGUGGAUUAUAAUGAUAAAACUCUCCAUGUUCUUAUAUAAUUUGUAUACUGGAUCAGAAUUUUCUAAAAUUGAAUUUUUUAAACCAAGAUCUUGAAUUUCCAGAGAGUUUUACUUUUUAAUUUAUGUUGCUUGACCUAUAAAAACAUACAACUUAACCCCUAUUUAUGAAUCCUACCUUUUAUCAUUAUAUAAUAUCCUAACUCUGCCAAGUGUAGUGUUUGACAAACCAGAUCUGGCCCACUACCUGUUUUAUAAAUAAAGCUGUAUUGGAACACA